GCUCCUCCCACCUCCGAGCUGCUGCAGAGGAUUCGUCCUGCACCUCUGCACAGCCACGAGCAGCACACACGCACACACACGCACAGACUCACACACGUACAGACUCACACUCACAGUCAUUCAAGCGAACGGCAGCAACGAGCACUUCUGGAAGCACGAGAACAAGCAGCCCGACGCCUUGAGAACCUGUCGUCGUCGGGAUAAGGCAACAAGACGGAGGACGGAUAUAGCAGCGCUCCGGGACCCAGGAGGGAUUCGAACCCAGCACUUUUAUUGGGGCUGUUUUGGCGGGGUUGAGUUCUUGUUGCCAGGCAAAAACAGAAAGUCCGAGCAGCCAUGACAGCGCAUCCUGUGUGUGCUGCAACGCUUCACUGCCACUUCUGACCUUCCGCCGAUCGAGCGAAGCCGAAGAUGUCAGUGUGUAGCGACUUUGCGGAACACGUGUGGAAACCCGGCUCCUGCAAGAAUUGCUUCCACCAGCAAAGCGCACACAAGACUGUAGGCUGCCCAGCACGCGCUGCGGUCGCCACUGCGUGUCCAAAGAGCGGAGGCGAUGACAACGACACAGUGACAACACCCUCACCCUACAGCAAGCCAACCAUCGCCGUCAAGCCCACUAUGAUAAGCCUGGACACCGGCGACUCGAUGGCCGACGUCAACAUGAACAUAGAGCAGAAGAACACUAAGAGCCCAGUGGAGCGUUUGGGCCUGAAGAAGAUGCUGGAUCUGUCCUCCCUUUACAUUGAUAGUAAUAACUGCAAUAAGAGCCUGAGAGAUACAACUCUUCAAAGUCCAGGCACCAAGACUGACCUUUGUUUUUCUUCCUUGUCCAAAGACUCCAUGAUCAUUAGCAACAUGUUGGUCACCCAAGAUGAAGGUAGAAAGCCUCACAACACCAAUGGAGACAACAGUAGGCAGCAGAAUAGUACCACCUCCCCCAGGACCAAGAGCACUUACAACCCCAGCGUUGCAGCGAAGAGGGCAAAUUUUUUGCAUCAGAAUUCCAUGGACAAACCUUCCCUUGUGGCUAUUGAGCCGACCAGUCCUGCCAAAGUGUAUAGCAACGGCAUCAGUUGUGGGAGCACCACUGUUCUAAUCGCCAAAACUUCCAGCACUUCCGCUAUUUCCUUAACCUCAGCUUUAUCUGUGGACACUGUCAAUAACAGUCAGCAAUCCAUCCAUUCUCCUCCUGUCGUGUCUAAACAAAACAGCCCAUUAGACUCCUCCUCCUCUUUCGGGAGCAGCACAGAUUCACUGCCUGUGACCGGGGAUUCUGUUGGGAGCGCCCAAAGCCCACAAGCAACGGGUAACUCGGCGCCCAGUUCUCCCAGUGGUCCAGACUCUGAGCCCAUUUACGCGGAGAGCACCAAAAAAAAGCGUAAGCCACAGAGAAAAGGAGUGCAAAGUUAUCCGGGUUCCCCAGACCAGACUAACUACUCUGAAUUCUCAGGAGAAGCCCAGCGGGCCACCAUCACUGUGAUGGCUGCUCAUACAGAGGAGAACAACAGGACUUUCUACCUGAGUAGCCCCGAUUCAGCCAUCAGCACCCAGUGCCACUUUAGCCCCACAGCACACAAAGACCCCAGCAGCACCGCCUUCCGCUGGCCAAGCCCCAGCCGCAGUGCCCCCUCCUUGGUUACAGAACCCAUCCUCGCUCCCUCUCUACACCCCAGCCUUCAAUCUAGCCCACCCAUUCCACCAAAAAGGACCACCCGGUCCCCAAAACUGGGCACCUCCAGCCUGUCACCGUCCAUCUCUUCACCUGUUCUUCAGGACCUCCCCAGACUGGGCACCUCUAGCCUCUCACCGUCCUUACCGUCUCCCGUUCCCCUCCCCGAAUUCUCCAGGCUUUUCCUGGUCUCUGCCAAAGAGGGACACUUCAAGGUCCAGCCGGAAAACCACAGCAUGGCAGCUUCCGAGCGCUGGCAGAAGCACCAGCACCACCACAGCUCCGCCUGGAACUGUCGCAUUGACGAGGAAGAGGAGGAAGAGGAGAGAGAGCGGAAAGAGGCCGAAAAGAAGACGCUGACUACUAAUCCCUGGACAACAUCUCGUGUGACAAGCCUGGUCAAUGGUGCUGCUGUUUGGAAGGAGUCCAGGGUCUGCAACAAGGCCCUGAGCAGCCCCCCUCCAAAGACAGAGCCAGGCGUGGCCCCCCCGCUCCUGCCCAACAAUGUUGCCUGUCAGGGGGACAGCGAGGGUGCCAUCGCAGUGGAGGAGGCCAAGCAGAGCAGGAGCAUGCCGGCCAAGCAACACGAUAGCUCAACAGAGCCUAUGGCAGCGGGGAGCCAGGGAUCAGCCAGCCAUGAGGCCAAUCAACCGCCUCCACCGCCUCCACCCAAAAAACAGCACAGAGCAUCCGGUCACUUGAGCGGCAGCAACAUGGAACUGAACCGCUGCACACAGCUAGGCUCACUGGAGAGUCCUGCCACAUCCCCUCGAGACCUGGGCAGCGCCAGGCUACGGACCGCCUCCACCGACAGUCUGACUGCUGACGCGGGUUCUCGGGAUCGAUCUUGGUUGUCCUGCUCCUCUCCGUUCCUCAGAAGUCCGGUGGCGUCGGCGCCAGGUUCUCCGCGCCCUCCAACUUUUAGCAUUACGGCCAUCCAGCCGCCUCCACUGCCAGAGAAGAAGAUUGUCAACCGCACCGUGUCAGCCCCCGACAGCGCCACUUCCAAGGCCUUUCUCCAGGCCUACCCUCGCCUCCUGUUCACCGGGUCGGAAAACAACGUGUGUAGACCCAAUGACUCCAGCUGCCGGGCCAGUUUACCGUCCAGUCCAGUAGAUACGAGACCCAUUUUCUCCUCCAAUGAGUCUCUGGAGUGCUGUCACGCUCCACUCGGCCGUCCCUCCAGAUCCCGGACUUUGGACGAGCCUUUUAAGAAUCAUGGCCGUUUAGGUGUCCACUGCCGAAGCAGCAUCACCUGCUCCUCCUCUCCUCAACUCAGCGCACCCUUUUCCGCUUCCGAAGCAGGGCCGGCGCCCAACCUAGGCUCCAGUUUGCAGCUGCAGACCCUCCUGAGCAACAUCGACAGUCGGGAGGGCGUGUAUUCCAAGCUGGGCGGCCUCUACGCCGAGUCCCUGCGGCGCUUGGCUCUCAAAUGCGAGGAGCACUUUACGGGCUCACAAAGGAACCGGAGGUUCGAGGAGAGCAACUGGUCUUUGUUCAGGCUGACGUCCAACAAGCCCAGCUGCAAUGCGGGCGACGCCGUUUACUAUUCCGCUGCCUGCGCCUCCGACCCCAGCAACUCCUAUGCCGUGAAGAUCUGCAAGAGUCCGUCCGCGGAGGCCAAGCAGGGCCGCCUGUACGGCCUGUCGGUGCAACAGAGUAUGCCCCCGCACUUCAACCUCCAGCAGGACUGUGGCCACUUCCUGGCGUGCGUCCCCCAGAGCAUGCUGCCCCCCGACCAGGCGGCAUCGCCCGCGUCCUCGCCCAAGCCCCGCGGCCAGCAGGCGGAGCGAGAGCGGGUGGUGGUCAUCGUUCCCGAGAUCCCGCGGCAGACGGCGGCCGACUUCGCCCGAGAGUUCGAGGCCUUCCACAAAAGCCAGCCGGAGGUUUACGAGCGCCGUGUCUGCUUCCUGCUGCUGCAGCUGUGCCACGGCCUGGAGCACCUGAAGGACCACGGGGUGACGCACCGCCACCUGUGCCUGGAGAACCUCCUACUGGUUCCUUACCCACCGGCCCCGCCCCCGCCCACCCAGCAGACCGAGAUGAGCGAGGCUUUUAGUCAGCGUCACCUCCCUCGCCUCCUCAUCAGCAACUUCGCCAAGGCCAAGCGGCGCACAGCCGAGGACACCGCGUCCGCCAGCGUGGACCCUCGCGUCAAGAGGGACCAUGCUCGCCUGGCGCCCGAGAUCGUGUCCGCUGCCCAGUACCGCAAAUUCGACGAGUUCCAGACGGGCAUCCUUAUCUACGAGCUCCUCCACCAGCACAACCCCUUUGAGGUGAGUCCGGCCCUGAAGGAGCAGGACUACCGCUGCGAAGACUUGCCGACCAUCCCUCCCGUGUCGCUGUACUCCGCUGGCCUCCAGAGGCUGGCUCGGCUCCUGCUUCAACCGGACCCCAUCAAGCGCAUCCACAUCCAGGACGCCAAGCGCAUCCUGCAGAGCCUCCUGUGGGGGCCAAGGAAGGACCUGUUGGAUCAGCAGUGGGAGAAGCGGGGGCCGGGCGGCGGCGGGCCGGGGGCGGACGCCGCCCGGCACGAGGGCCUCCUCAACUGGCUGGAUGUGAAGCGGGCGCUACUCAUGAUGAAGUUCGCCGAGCGGUCGCUGGAACCCGAGCGCAACGCCGAGCUGGAGGACUGGCUGUGCUGCCAGUACUUCUCCUCAGCCCACCCUCUGGCGCUGUGCCACACCGCCGAACUGCUGUACUCUCUCAAGUGACGGGCUGCCGGUGCUGCGGGAACCUGACUGAUACACUGUUUGGACAAGAGUAUUGGGACACGUAGCCUCAAGGCAGAGUCCCCCAAGGUUUUGUCCUUGGUCCCCACUGGUUCAUUUACUGUUUUUAUUUUCUUUUUUUUGCGGCCCAAUACAGUGUGUGCCCAAUGUCCAAAAUGUGUGGUGAUUUUCUACUUCUUCAAAAGGAGACACUGUGAACAUAACUUCCUCAUUAGCGCUACCGACCGUCCACUUUUAUCCUGCCACUUUUUUUCAAACUCAUAUGGUUGAAAUUAUUAAGGAAUAUUAGGGCCAAACUAAAAAGAAAAGAAAAUGACCAUUCAAGACCUACGUCAUAAACUUACGAGAAAAAAAGGGUGUGUGUCUUUUAGAAGAAGAGUUGUAUGCACUGUUACUCGCUGGGGAUUGGCUCAGAGCCCUGCCUGCAAAGAUUUAGAAUUGCCUGUAGAUGCCACAAGAUGGCGGCAAAGAAAUAUUUUUCUAUUAGACAGGGCUAUGGCCUGAAGAAAUGAAGCUCUUCCCCUCACUUCCAAGUAGUUCCUUGGCACCAAGAUCACACAAGCCUGCCAAAAGAAUCAAAGUAUUGCCUGAGCACAGCAGCAAAAUAGGUGAGAGUACAAUAGAGGAUGCCCCCCCCCCCCCCCAAAAAAAAAAUCUGGAUAGUUGAAAUUGCAAAUAUCCUUUGGGGAAUGUUGUAUUUUUAUGAGGGGAAGUUCAGGAAUGACAUCAGAGGGAGCAGUGUGUUUCCUGCGAACGGAAGAGUAAUGUGGAGGAUCUCCUGAGGGAGUGGAAUUUCCCAAUAAUCUGAUUGUGAUGUGACGAGUAUUUCAUUUCGUAAUUUAUGAUUCGCAUUCAAACGUUCAAAUUAAAAUUACAACUCCAAUAUCGUAAAGAUGCAUCUUCUCUCAUAAUUAGACAUUUGCAUAAAAUUACAAUUUAAAUCUCGAAUAUGUACCAUUUUUUUCCUCAAGAAAAUAUGAAAACAAUUGUCAACUUUUUCCUCAAAAAUGUAAACUUGUUUUGAAUGUACAAAUGUAAUCUCAAGGAUGACAUGACAGGAUGAUAUGACAAUUUUGAAAAUGUACAACUUUUUCCCAAAUAUUUUUUCCAUCGAAAUAUACAGCUUUACUGUCAUAUAAUUACAACUAUAAUUGUGAAUAUAUGACUAAUCUUGAAAAAAAAAAAGUGUGUAUGUGUGUGUCUAUAUGUAUGUAUAUAUAUAUAUAUAUAUAUAUACACACACACACACCAAAUUUUUUUGUUCAUGUAAAGUUGUUAAUUUUAUGUCCAAAUAUAGGGUUUUAUAUUUCUGGAAAAUACCAGAAUAUAUGAAAAAUCUUUCCUUGGAAAUAGAACUUUUUUCCUUGUAAAAUUACAACUGCAUUCUAGUUGUCAGAUUCACCUUUUCACUCAAAUAUGCAGUCUCUUUAAAUGUACAACUAUUUUUUUUGCAAAAUUUAGAUUUAAAAAAAAAAAAAAAACUUAACCUCAAAAUAUCCAAUUUUUAUUCCUUGUAAAAUAGGAUUUUUUAUCGAAUACUUUUUUCCUCAUGAAAUGACAACUUUAAUCUUCAAAAUAUGUGACUUCAAAAUUUUUUUUUUUAUAAAUAAAAAAUAUUUAAAAUGUACAACUUGUACAAUUACUUAAUCAUGAAAACAUUUUUUCUUGUAAAAUGAACACUGAUCUCAAAUAGAAAUUUUACAAGAAUAGUUUUAUUCUUGUAAAAUUACCACUUUAAUCUCAAUUUGAAUUUUUUCUCAAGUAACUAUUCCUGUAAAAAUAAAACUAAUCCAAGAAAUAGAAUUAAAUCUUUUUUCUCAAAAAUAUAGGACCGUUUAUCUAGAAUAUACAGUAACUUUUUUUAUACUCCGAAAUUCCGAUUAAUCUCAAAACAUGACUGUUUUUAUAAUACAAACUUUAUUCCUCGUUAAAGGACUUUUUUUAUCUUGAAAAUAUACGACUUUUUUUCUUUAAAAAUAUAAAAAAUUUCUUAUACAACUCUUUUUCUCAAAUGUAUGACUGGGAAAAUAUACCGGUUCAACUUUUUUUUUUUUCUCGUAAAAUGACGUAGUUAAUUUUUUUCUUUUCUUUUCAGGAUGGUCCUAAUACUUGUUGGAAUGAAAUGUCGUACGUACUGUGUUCGCGUUAGCUGAUCUUGCGAAUAUUUGCCGCCGUUCUGUGCUGUAUUUCAAGUAUUACAAUGUUUUCAAGGACUGCUGUGUCGUGUCGAAAAUGGAACCUGAUCCGUUGGAAUGAAAAAAUAAAGCAUCCUUAUCAUGUUUUGAUGGAAUGAUCUGCUGUACUGUCCUGUCGACGUGCAACGACUGCUCACUCAUCCUUCCUUAUUCUGUUGACCCUGUGCCUUCAGUUCCUCGUGUGUGUUUGUGAAGCCAACAUGUAAAUAUGGCUGGUGUUUUUUGUGUAACUGGAUUUUCACAAUAACACUCCUCUUUGGUUUUGUACAGUAGAUUGUGAAAGAACAACCCAAGCAGGCCUUAAAAAAAAAAGUCAUGAAAAUGAACAGCAGUUCAAGGUAAUAUUUAUGAUGUCGUUUGUUAUGGCAGCCUUGUUUUGUUUUACAAGUAGCAAACAUUUGAUUGAUUCCUAAUAAGUGGCUGGUGAGCGAGAGGCAUGUACAGCAUGUUGUUUUUUAAACAUCUCAUGACUAAUCAUUUAAGUGUGUGUCUACCAAUAAACUGCAUUUAUUUUCUCACUUGAAA